AUGAAACAGUCAUCAACGGCAGCAACUAGCAAUCCACCACCUUUACCAUUACCACCAUCCACACCUGUCCUAACUCAUAUUGAUAAAGCAGCCAGAAAGCAAUUAGAUGAACGAGAGAAGCUUUUUCUUCUCUAUGAACAUGAAGGCAAACUACCUGAUUUAAUUCCCGAUGUUAGCCAUUUACAAUCACCACGUCUUUCAACAACCGAUCCAAAUGCGAUCGAUCACUACGGUUUUAUUCAUGAACAACCUAUAAAAGCAAUGACAAUCAAUGAAAAGAAACAAAUACAACAAGAGAUCAAACGUAGUGAGCGUUGGAAUAAAAUGCUAAGAAAAUCAAGUCAUUCAAUCAGUCGAGAUAACGAACAAUUGAGGAGACGAAUGUUCAAAGGCUUACCAAGUACAUUACGUGGCGCAUUCUGGUCCCGGUUAUUUGAUCUUGAUGAGCAAUUACGCGUUAACAAAGGCUACUAUGAAAUAUUGAAAAGAAAAGCUCGUUCAUCAUCAACAUAUCUCAGUCAGAUCGAUUUGGAUGUUCAUCGGACAUACAGAAAUCAUCAGAUGUUUUGCAAUCGAUAUUGUAUAAGACAAAAACAUUUAUUUUCGAUCUUGGCUGCAUACAGCGUUUAUAAUACAGAGAUUGGCUAUACACAAGGAAUGAAUCAAAUUGUUGCUUUCCUACUUUUCUAUUUACCGGAAGAGGAAGCAUUUUGGGCAUUUUGUCAAUUAAUGACUGGCUCACGUUGGAUGAUGCAUGGCUUUUUCUGUCCGGGAUUUCCCAAAUUAUUUCGUUUUCAAGCACAAUUCGAAAAAAUUAUGAAAAAAAUGCUACCGAAAGUCUACAAACAUUUUGUUACCUGUCAAGUACAAAGUGAUCUCUAUACAAUACGUUGGUUUAUGCUCUGUUACCUCGAUUGCCUACCAUUCCCGUUAACGCUUCGCAUAUGGGAUAUAUUUGUGCUAGAUGGUGAACAGGUUCUCCUAACAACAGCAUUUUGUAUUUUACGCAUUCAUCGAAAGAAACUCUUGCAUUUGAAAACGUUUGAUAGUAUAAAUUCAUUUUUAAAAAAUGAGCUGUGUACAAAUUUUGCCAAUUCAUCAUUAACCAUCGAUGAAAUUAUUGAAGAAUAUGUUGUUUGCUAUGAAAAAUUAAAACAGAACAACUUAUUGGCAUUGCCAUUGCCAACUGAAAAUGAAAUUCCGACAAAGCCAUUCAAUAUCUCAAUGGGAGACAUAACCAAGUUUACAGAUAAUAACUCAAAUAAGAAUGCCAAUUCAGAAGAAACAAAAGCAGUUAUCUCAACGCCCAAUAAAUCAAUGACAUCACCACGACUCAUCACAAGUCAAAUGUCACCGAAAAGUACACCAAUACCUGUGACAGAAACUUUUCUUGUCACAUCUCUCGCGCCAUUAGCAACAGCUGAUGAAGACUCACCAUCGAUGGUGAAUUUACGUGAUACAUCAAUCGAAACGCAAUAUAUGGAAAUAAAACGUUUAACGAAGCCAUUUCAAAUCCCUGAUCAACAAUUCUUAACUGAAUACGAUAGUUGUACAGUGUUAUCCAGUGCUGAUCAAUCACUAAGUGGAUAUCGACGACGGCAAGGUCAUUUUGGUGAUGAUGAUGAUACAAUUAGUUCAAAAAGUGAUAUUAUCGAUGAUGAUGAACAUGUGCAAAUUUCUCACAUGAUAACCACAUCAUUCAUCCAUGAUGAUGAUUAUGAAAAGUUAAAACGAUCUUCAUCGUUUUAUGAUAAUGUUAUUGAUAAUGAACAAGUCAAUUAUCACUAUAUACGUCCGCAACACUAUGCAUUCGAUACCAAUAUUCGAUGA